AUUGACGUUGGCGCGUGGACUUCCCAAGACAAAAAGUGCAGGGGCAAAAAUAGAGCCGUCGAAAAUAGACCGAAACGCCGCCGCCGCUGCUGCUCGCGCGAGGAGGCAAACGUAGCUUGCGGACGCGAGAGCUGCGGCAUCGUGUCGUUUACCUCUCCGCAGCGAGGAGUCCAUCGCAAAUUCAUCGUCGUUACAAUCACUUGGCAGCGGAAGAGACGAUGGACGAUCUGGAUGAGUUUUUCGUGGAGGACGCGCCGAACUACAACGAGGUGGACGACGAGUACGAGGUCGGCGACUUUUUCCGCGGCAACCUGCUGAAGGUGCGCGGCGCGGUGUCGGAAAAGGACUUCCGACGAUUCGCCGCGCUCGGCAAUAACGGCGACCGGGUGGGCUUCGUUCUGCAAUACGAGGACGCGCACGCGCUGCCGACCGAGGUGGUGAGCGACGAGAGGAAGAGCGCGAGCGAAUGCGACAAGUGGAGGAAGGAGGGCAACACGGCGUUCGGCGUCGGCCACUACGAGAAGAGCAUCGAGGAGUACAACAAAGGCGCGUUGGCGGCGCCCAAAGAGCAGCUGGGCGUGCUGCUGGCAAAUCGCUCAGCGGCCUUCUAUCACCUGGAGCGCUUCGACCUGGCCCUGCGCGACUGCGAGGAGGCACUCAAGGUCGGAUACCCCCGGCACCUUCUGUACAAACUGGAGGAGCGUCGGGCGAGAUGCUUGCUCGGACUCAAUUAUCACGCGAAGGCCAUGGAAGCCUUCAAGAGUGCGAUUCGCGCUCUGGACGAGGCGAACGUGCCGUCGGACAAGAGGACGAAAUUGGAGUCGGACAUGCGAAUGAUGCUGGCCGUGAUGGACAAAGGUCACGAGAUGAACGAGGCCAGGCACGGCAUCAGCAAAGAGAGGAUGCUCAGGAUGGAAAACAACAACAUGAAGCUAAGGGAGCUGGAUCUGCUGCCGACCAUCAAGGAGUGCAACGCCGCUUAUCCAGCCUGCAGCAAGGCCAUCGAGUUCAGGGAUGCGGGUGGCGAGGUCGGUCGCUUCGCUGUCGCGACGAAGGACAUCCAACCGGGCGACCUGCUGGUCAUCGAGCCAGCGCACUGCUCGACCACUCUCGGCGAGUACAGAGCAUCUGGCCAGAUUGAUCGCUUAAUACGUGGUCUAAAUAAAGUAACUCACUGUCAUCGUUGCGCGGUAAGAAUCGUCGCGAGCUUUCCGGCCAGCUGCAUGCUGUGCAGCUCGGUCGGCUAUUGCAGUCCCAAUUGUCGGAAUGCGGACGAGCCGGUGCACAGGUACGAGUGCGUUCUUCUCGGGCCGCUGUGGUGUUCGCACGCCUCGGUCACCACGAUUCUAGCCGUGCGCGCGGUCAUUCAGCAGUCUUUCGAGGAGCUGUUCGCCACGAGGGACGAGCUGCGCGAGACCCACGGCAAAUUGGAGAUAUCCAAGGCCAAGCCGUAUCUCUCGAGGGACUACAGGUCGUUUUAUAAUCUGGUGACGCACGAGCACGAAAGGACCGCCGAGGAUUUAUUUCAUCGAGCUUACGUGGCAGCUUGGUUACUCCGAUUGAUUAAAACCACGUCCUAUUUGCCGGCGGCUAUGAGAACGCCGGACGCCCCGGAGGUGCCACUAUCCGAAGGCGAACACUUCCUGGCGGACAUCAUUCUGCAUCAUCUCCAACUGCUGCAGUUCAACUGUCACGAGCUGUCCGAGUUCGUGAGGCCGCGAAAAGGAAAGCCCAAUCUUGCGAGAGGAAAGAAUUUAUUCGUUGGGGGUGGCGUUUACCCCACGGUCGCACUCUUCAAUCAUUCCUGUAAUCCAGGCGUGGUCAGAUAUUUCGCAGGGAAUACCAUGAUAGUGCGAGCCAUAAGGUCGAUACCGGCUGGUGCCGAAGUUUGCGAGAAUUAUGGGCCGAUAUUUACCGAAGAGGAGGAGAAGGAAAGGAAACGAAGACUGCGUCUUCAAUAUUGGUUUGAUUGUAACUGCGAGGCGUGCAAAGAUCACUGGCCUCUUCUGGAAAAAAUAGACCCGGAAAUAUUGAGGUUCAAGUGCGAAACUGGUCCCUCGUGUGGCAACGUAUUGCCAGUAAAUAUAAAUACCGACAUGUUUAUGAUACCUUGCGUAAAAUGUGGAAAGAGCACAAAUCUGUUCAAAGGCUUGAAAGCAAUGCAAGACACGGAAGCCCUUCAUAAGAAUGCAAUGAACAAUUUGGAAGCUGGCAAUCACGAAGCUGCGCUCAAGUCCUUCCUCGAGAUUUUAAAGAUCUUAGACGAAACUUUAGCCUUGCCUGUCAAGGAUUACCACUUAUGCCAACAAAAUAUCAGGCUGUGCAUGCUUGCUUAUGGAAAUUCGGCGUUUGUUUGAGCUCUCUUCAGAAAAUUAAAGAACAAAAAAAUACGAUGAUAUUUAAUUUCUGAAAUCUGUUAAAAUAUAUAUCGAAUAUAGAAAAUUAACUUUACUAAAAUACCGAUAACUUAGCCAACAAAUUCUAUGGUUGGUUGCACGUCAAUUGGUACUUCAAAGUUGUCGUUUCAAA